AUGUCGCCUGAUCCAUUCGAUGGCGGCUCCCGCUCCCGCCGCGGAGUUUGGAGUCAUUGGGUGCCUCUCGCAAUCACCCUGACUGUCGCGACAGCUGGAGUUGCAGCCUGGGCUUGGAGCCAGCGCAAGGAUUCAGAUGACGACGACGAGCCAGGCCUGGACUACGACAAUGCCGACUAUGGCGACAACCCGGCCUACGGUGCUUCGAGGACCGAGUUUACUCCCUCUAAGCCCCCGCGGUCACAGCAGCCUCCUUAUGCGGAUGAUCAGCAAAGCUUUGGAGUAGCGCCGGGACCGUCCAGCGAGGCGUCCGCGCCUGGAUGGGGCGCAAGAAUGUCCGGUGCGCUCCGGCGAACACCCAGCCCGCAGCAGCUCAUUGAUUCUACUGGGAAAUCUGUCGCUGCUGGGUUCGCUGCCAUGGGUAAGGCCCUAGCAUCAAUCCGCGAGGAGGACAAGUAUUCCGAGAAUAACCCUUGGUCGGAAGAGGCAGAUUUGAAGCAAGAACGUGCCCCCGCGUCGACAAGCAAGAAGAGGAAGACUGUCGUCCUCGUCGUUUCGGCAGACUCGUCCCUUUCGGAGGCCGAUAGUGGUGGGUAUCAUGAGCAUGCGUCAAUUCUGUCCCACAUUCCUCGGCAUAAUGACUUCUCGAAGAUCAAGCUCUUCAUUUUGAUUUAUGCACCGAGCUUGAAGGACACACCCCUGGACCCCGCUGCAUCUAGUAACCUUCCGCCUCCUUCGUUGAGCUCAUCAUAUUCUAACAUUGAGCACAAUCAAGCUCAAACUCCAGGAGAUGAAGCCAAGAGCCCACAGCUGAACGCCUCUACCAACCCAGCAUUCAAUGCUGUGUACUCACAGGCGCUGUCGCUUGUCGACAAAGAAACCAUGGUGAUUCCAUUCACUACCCCGAAUGGUCAUGUACACAUUCUACGUCAUCUUCAGCCGGAGGUUGUUUAUCUCCAGGAGUCUCUUUCAGGGGACAAUGGUAGCAUUAUCACCAACCUGCAAACUUGGCUGCGCUACGACGUCAUCUUGGUUGUGGGGGCUGAAAGCUCUGGUGGUCUUGCCGACAGCGAGUCUGAGGCGGAGAGAAACACCAAGGUUACGAAAUGGUGGCAGAGGCCCGAGAGGGUCGGUCGUGGCCGCGGUGUUGUGGUUGUUGAUGGUGGCAGGGUUCAUGAUGAUUGGACGCGCCGCGUUCAGGGCCUGGAAUAG